AUGGGGGCUAGGACAACUUUAUCUUCUUUCUGGGUUCACUCUUUUGCCGAGACAGGGAUUUUGUCCCCAGGAGGCAUUCCCCAGCCCAUGGGAUCUCGGCAUUCAAAGCAGCACAGGAAACCUGGGCCCCUGAAACGGGGCCACCGAAGAGAUCGGAGAACAACCAGGAGGAAGUACUGGAAGGAAGGAAGGGAGAUCGCUGGUGUCUUAGAUGAUGAGGGCAGCAACCUGAGGCAGCAGAAGCUUGACCGGCAGCGGGCCCUGCUGGAACAGAAGCAGAAGAAGAAGCGCCAGGAGCCCCUGAUGGUGCAGGCCAAUGCAGAUGGACGACCCCGGAGCCGGCGGGCCCGGCAGUCAGAGGAACAAGCCCCCCUGGUGGAGUCCUACCUCAGCAGUGCUGGCAGCACCAGUUACCAAGUUCAAGAGGCCGACUCACUUGCCAGUGUGCAGCUGGGAGCUGCCCACCCAACAGCACCAGCCUCAACCAAGAAAACCAAGGCAGCUGCUGCAUCUGGGGGCCAGAGUGGGGUCUCUAGGAAGGAGAAGAAGGGAAAGCACAAAGGCACCGGCGGGCCAGCAGCACUGGCAGAAGACAAGUCUGAGGCCCAAGGCCCAGUGCAGAUCCUGACUGUGGGCCAAUCAGACCACGCGCAGGAUGCAGGGGAGACAGCAGCUGGUGGGGGCACCCUGUCCAGCCAGCAGGACCUGCGUGCCACGAUGCAGAGGAAGGGCAUCUCCAGCAGCAUGAGCUUUGAUGAGGAAGAGGAAGAUGAGGAUGAGAACAGCUCUAGCUCCUCCCAGCUAAACAGCAACACCCGCCCCAGCUCUGCCACUAGCAGGAAGUCCAUCAGGGACACAGCCUCAGCCCCCAGCCCAACAGCCCCAGAGCCACCAGUGGAUGUUGAGGUCCAGGAUCUUGAGGAGUUUGCCCUGAGGCCAGCACCCCAGGGAAUCACCAUCAAAUGCCGCAUCACACGGGAUAAAAAGGGGAUGGACCGGGGCAUGUACCCCACCUACUUCUUGCACCUGGACCGUGAGGAUGGAAAGAAGGUGUUCCUCCUGGCAGGAAGAAAGAGAAAGAAAAGCAAAACUUCCAAUUACCUCAUCUCUGUGGACCCAACAGACUUGUCUCGAGGAGGGGACAGUUACAUCGGAAAACUGCGGUCCAACCUGAUGGGUACCAAGUUCACAGUUUAUGAUAAUGGAGUCAACCCUCAGAAGGCAUCAUCCUCUACUUUGGAAAGUGGAACCUUGCGUCAGGAGCUGGCAGCUGUGUGCUAUGAGACAAAUGUCCUAGGCUUCAAGGGGCCUCGGAAGAUGAGCGUAAUUGUCCCAGGCAUGAACAUGGUUCACGAGAGAGUCUCUAUCCGCCCUCGCAAUGAACAUGAGACACUACUAGCACGCUGGCAAAAUAAGAACACGGAGAGUAUCAUUGAACUGCAAAACAAGACACCUGUCUGGAAUGAUGACACACAGUCCUACGUACUCAACUUCCAUGGACGUGUCACACAAGCCUCUGUGAAGAACUUCCAGAUCAUCCAUGGCAAUGACCCGGACUACAUCGUCAUGCAGUUUGGCCGGGUAGCAGAGGAUGUAUUCACCAUGGAUUACAACUAUCCGCUGUGUGCACUGCAGGCCUUUGCCAUUGCUCUGUCCAGCUUUGACAGCAAGCUGGCCUGUGAGUAG